AUGUACAAUAAUAUUCUUGUUUCUAGAUUAUUAAAAAAACCACAUACUGCUGCCUUUACACAAAACUCUUUAAUAGUGUUAAAAAAUUCAUUACCAAAAAAUAUAAUUAAAUUAAACCAAUUUUCAAACCGACUUUCGCCAAAAUUUAAAAUCCUGUUCUUUCAAGAGAAACAAAAAAAUUUAAGAUCUUCCAUUGAAAAAAAUAAUCUAAAGUUUAACCGUGAUUCCUCAGAUUAUUAUUCCUAUAUUCGUUAUUAUACUACAAAAAAUCCUGAAAUUAUCAAGGAGGAACCAAUUGUUGAUUGGAUAACACUUUCGUUUUACUCUUUUACUUCUUUUCCCGAAAAUUCUCUUAAUAUUUUACGCGAAAAACUUUUAACAAAUUUAACCGAAUUGGGUAUUUUAGGAAGGAUUUAUGUUGCUAGCGAAGGGAUAAAUGCUCAAAUAUCAUGUCCAAAAGACAAAUUAAAUAAAUUAAGAAAAUUUUGUGAUGAAGAAAUGAAUUUAAAAACUAUAGAGUUUAAUUAUGCAACAUUACAUGAAAAAGCAUUUAGGAAAUUGAAUGUUAAAAUUAGGAAACAGAUUGUUGCAGAUGGAUUAGAAUCAGGUUCUUUUGAUUUAUCCAAACAACCAAAGCAUUUGGAACCAGAAGAGUGGCAUUUCAGUUUAACCAAUGCCGAGAAAUCAUCAAUUCUUAUAGAUAUGAGAAAUCAUUAUGAAAGCUCUAUAAAACCUGACGUAGACACUUUUCGUGAUAGCAUUAUUGUAAUGAAUGAAAUAUGCAAGGGCAAACAAAAUCAUGAAAUUUACAUGUACUGUACUGGUGGCAUUAGAUGUUCAAAAGCUGGUUCCAUACUUAUUUCAAAUGGUUUUAAACACGUUAAUGUCUUAAAAGGUGGAAUUACAGCUUAUGGACGUUUUAUUGCAUCAAAUCCAUCCAUCAAUUCCCUAUUUAAAGGAAGAAAUUUCACUUUUGAUAAACGACUUGGGGAACCUAUAACCAAUGAUGUUGUUGCACAGUGUCAUACAUGUGGAAAACCAUGUGAUAGAUAUACAAAUUGUAGAAAUAAGGCUUGCAACUUACUAUUUAUUCAGUGUCAGGAUUGUAGAGAUAAUUUGUUACGCACAUGUGGGACAGAUUUUUGUUUUCAGUUGGUAAAGGCUUGGGAUGAAAAAUUUGGGAGGAAUCAAAAAUUCGAUGAUAUUAAACCUGGAUUGGAGUGCAUAUAUGAUCAUGUUCAUCGUACAAGACCUAGAUUAGUAAUCGAACGUUUAGGUGGUAAUGUAAUAAAUCCUUCUAAAGAUUUGAUUAAAAAGAUUUUGGAACAAGAUGUAAAACAAUUGAAACAUUAA